AUGGGCCCGCGCGCCCUGCCCGGGGCCCUGGCCCUGCUGCUGGCGCUGGGGCUGCGCGGCCCGGAGGCGGCGGCCCGCAGCGCCCCGGACCCCGGCUUCCGGGAGGACUACUUCCCGCAGCUCCUGGACCAUUUCAACUUCGAGCGGUUCGGCAACCGCACCUUCCCGCAGCGGUUCCUGGUGUCAGAGCGGUUCUGGCGGCGCGGCGCGGGCCCGCUCUUCUUCUACACCGGCAACGAGGGCGACGUGUGGACCUUCGCCAACAACUCGGGCUUCAUCCUGGAGCUGGCGGCGCGGCGGGCGGCGCUGGUGGUCUUCGCGGAGCACCGCUACUACGGGAAGUCGCUGCCGUUCGGCGAGCGGGCGGCGCGGCGCGGGCGCCUGGAGCUGCUGACGGUGGAGCAGGCGCUGGCGGACUUCGCGCGGCUGCUGCAGGCGCUGCGGCGGGACCUGGGCGCCGAGGACGUGCCCGCCGUGGCCUUCGGCGGGAGCUACGGCGGGAUGCUGGCCGCCUACAUGAGGAUGAAGUACCCCCACCUGGUGGCCGGGGCGCUGGCGGCCAGUGCGCCUGUGGUGUCGGUGGCGGGCCUGGGCGACCCCCACCAGUUCUUCCGGGAUGUCUCUGCGGACUUUGAGGCCCAGAGUCCCAAGUGUGCCCAGGCCACGCGGGACGCCUUCCAGCAGAUCAAGGACUUGUUCCUGCAGGGGGCACAGGACACGGUCAGCCGGUUGUUCGGCACCUGCCAGCGGCUCUCGGGCGAGAAGGACCUGGCCCAGCUGUUCGGGUUCGCCCGGAACGCCUUCACCAUGCUGGCCAUGAUGGACUACCCGUACCCCACCGACUUCAUGGGGCGCCUGCCCGCCAACCCCGUCAAGGUGGCCUGUGGCCUGCUGCUGAGUGAGAGCCAGAGGAUCGCAGGGCUCCGGGCGCUGGCAGGGCUGGUGUACAACUCCUCAGGCACGGAGCCCUGCUUCGACAUCUACCUGCAGUACCAGGCCUGCGCAGACCCCACCGGCUGCGGCUUGGGCCCCGACGCCAAGGCCUGGGACUACCAGGCCUGCACGGAGAUGAGCAUGACCUUCUCCAGCAACAACGAGACGGACCUCUUCCCGGCGCUGCCCUUCACGGAGCAGCACCGCCAGCAGUACUGCCUGGACACCUGGGGCGUGUGGCCCCGGCAGGACUGGCUGCACACCAGCUUCGGCGGGGCCGACCUCAGAGCUGCCAGCAACAUCAUCUUCUCCAACGGGGACCUGGACCCCUGGGCCGGGGGCGGGAUCCGGAAAAGCCUGAGUGCCUCGGUCCUGGCCAUCACCAUCCGAGGGGGCGCACAUCACCUGGACCUCAGGGGAUCCCACCCGGCAGACCCCCCGUCCGUCCUGGAGGCACGCCAGCUGGAGGCCGCGCUCAUCGACCAGUGGGUGGAGGAGGCCAGGCGGGCGCAGCAGAGUCUCCGAGGCUGA